AUGCGAAAGGUAAAUUUCUUUUUCAAUUUAAAACCAUUUUCUGAGAGUUUAAAGAAAGAAAGUAUAGAAUGUGUGAAGGAGAUUGCUGAGAGAAUGAUGGAAUAUCUCGAUACUUUUGGUGAAAAAAUUGUCGAUCAAAAAAAAUUUUGGCAGACAAUUGACUAUAAGCUGGUAAGACGAGUUGUUGGUAAAAUCAAUCAUUUUGAGUUCUGGUUAGAAAAUAAUGGAAUAAUGGAAAUCCCUGAUGUAAUUUUGAAAGAAUAUAUAUACUUGAUGGCAUUAGUUGAUGAUUCAAAAUUCAUUGAUGUAGAUAAGACGGAUAAUGUUUUAACUUCCAAUGAAUCUCCAAUUGUUGAAGAUGGCGAGAAUAAAGAAGCAAAUAUCGACUCACUAAUCGCUGAUAUUAACUCAACAAUUAUGCAGACUAGAGUAAUAUUAUCUGAAAUUGAAAAACUUGGUAAAAUACUAGAGCAGAAAAAAAGCCAAUUAAACAACCGAAUUAAGGGCCAACAAAUUGUACAGGUGUUCAGCCCAAUUAUUGACGACUUAAAAAUUAAGUAUGAUAACAUUAGAAAUGAAGGCACUAUGAAAAGCUUUCAAAAACUAAUUAAUGAGUUUUGCAGUGCAUUGGAAGAGAGAAAUGAGUUAAGAUAUAGACUUGUCCAUGGAGAAGAUAAGAUUGAAAUCUCAAAUUCCAUUGGCAAGAAGGAAAUAGACCAGGAAGUUUCUAUUGAUCAAAAUGCCGAUAUGGAUUCAAAUAAUUCUCAGAACCAAGUUAAUGAUAGUGUGAAUAGUUUACAAGAAAAGUCCAAAAGAUACACUUCUGUUGUAGACAAAAAUGCAAUGAAGUUAUUUGCAAGAUGGAGCCUUCCAAACCAUCCUGGCUAA